UAAAUUUAAUUUAGACCCACACCCAGUACAUUUAAUUUGUUUGGGUUUACUUGUAGAAAUUGUAGUGUUUACAUAUGCAAUAAAAACCAUGAGACUUUCAAUGAGCAAGCUUGGGCCUGGAUAAUUGCAGCAUUCAAUGAAAAAUUUGGUCUAUGUGACAGAGAUGCCGUUGAAAGCUGGUAAUUAAGAUUGAUGAAAGAGUAUAGGAACAUUGCAAAUAUUCUCAGUCAGAAUGGUUUUGCAUGGGAAGAAACAGAGCAGAUGGAGAUAGCUGAUGAUGAUGACUGGUAUGCGUAUAUCAAGGAGCACCCAGGUGCAGACAGAUUCCUGGACAGUUAUAAUGAUAUUUGUGUACUAUAUGGUAAUAGCAUGGCAAUGGGAAAAGCAAGUCAUCUGGGUGUAAAAAUGGGGUUUGACAACAACGAAUUCGAUAUGGGGAUUGAUGGCGUUUUUGGAGAUACACCAUAUCAACUUGAAAUAUCUGACCCAAGGCAGAAACGAUAGUCUCUUUCUUCCUCAGU